GUUUUAUGACGAAAUGACCAAGUUUCAACCUGAAAUUGAAAUAACAAAAUUUGUUUACCAUGUGAAAUUAAUCUGAAAUAAUAACUUUAAAUUCCCUGUUAAGAAAUAAUAUACUUUUUGCUAUUCUGAGGAAGAGGAAUCGAUAUCUGGACUUGUCCCGUGUGUAAUUGAAAUAUGAUGUCCGGAAGAAUUUCUCUCUCAACUCCUCUCAGUUACCGGUUCGUUUCAAGGUGCUUACUGCUUAACGAGGGACGUGGGACAAGUAGCCUUCGGUGUUUGCAUGACUGGGUCAGUGGGGGUGGAGGGGCAGGCGUGGAAAUUAAUCACCAAAGAUUCAGCUCAAGAUUUAGACCCACAUCGUCCCACCACGGUCCCAUCAUUCGAGGGAAGAAGAGCUUGACGAAUAACAGUAAAGGGAAUGGAAAUGGUGGAAAUUCUAGUCCGACACCCGUAUCGCAGCUAUUUGUUCCCGUACCGGUCAAAAUUGAAACAGACGUUGGAAACGAUGUCGGCGUGGAGUUGACGGGAGACUUGAAGAAACAGGAUGUCCUUCGCGUUCUGAAUAAAUUCUUUCGGAGGAGUGAAAUUAAACUUUUAAGUUUAGAACAUGGUCUUGAUAACUAUUUAUUUCACCAAGCGUUCAUAAGUUUUCGCAAAUAUUGUUUGGAGAACGAGUCUCUUCCUGUCGACCUUCACAUCAUUUUCAGUGACGUGAUUGCGGGUGCUGGUCAUGUGGACAAUCUCUUUAGUUAUUUCAUGAGACAUUCGAAACAGAUAUUUCCCCAUCUGGAAUGCAUGGACGAUUUAAGAAAAAUUAGUGAUUUAAGAUCUCCAGCAAAUUGGUAUCCGGAAGCUAGAAGUUUAACAAGGAAGGUCAUCUAUCAUGCGGGUCCAACCAACAGUGGGAAAACGUAUCACGCCCUCAAAAGGUUUCUGGACUCGAAAAGUGGGGUUUACUGCGGACCUUUGAAACUCUUAGCAGUGGAAGUAUUUCAUAAAGCAAACGAACAAGGAACAGUGUGUGAUUUAGUUACAGGAGAAGAAAGAAAAUGUGGCAGUCCUGACGAAAUAGCAGCUAGUCAUGUCGCCUGCACGGUUGAAAUGACUUCGGUAAAUGUUCCAUAUGAAGUUGCAGUCAUUGAUGAAAUACAGAUGCUUCGCGACCCUCAGCGCGGAUGGGCAUGGACACGAGCUCUACUUGGCGUGAUGGCCGAUGAGGUUCAUUUGUGCGGUGAAGUGGCUGCAAUAGACCUUGUUAGGAGCAUAAUGGUGACGACAGGAGAGGAAGUUGAAGUUUACAAGUAUAAAAGACUGACAGAUUUAGACAUUGAAAGACGAGCUUUGGAAACCUUAAAUCGAGUUCAACCUGGUGAUUGCAUCGUGUGUUUUAGCAAGAAUGAUAUUUAUUCCGUAUCACGCCAAAUUGAAAGCCUAGGUCAUGAAGUGGCCGUAAUUUACGGUGGUCUUCCACCCGGCACGAAGUUAGCACAAGCCAAGAAAUUCAAUGACCCAGACAAUCCUUGCAAAAUUAUGGUUGCAACUGAUGCGAUAGGAAUGGGACUUAAUUUAAGUAUUCGCCGAGUUAUUUUUUACUCGAUGAUAAAACCCACAAUGAACGAGAAGGGGGAGCGUGAAAUGGACACGAUAUCAACCUCACAAGCUCUACAGAUUGCUGGGAGGGCAGGCAGAUAUGGGACGCAGUUUUCGAAAGGUCAUGUGACCACGUUCAAGUCCGAGGAUUUGCCCGUCUUAGAAAGACUGCUUGCUGGAACUCCUGAAAUAUUGAGGCAGGCAGGACUUCACCCGACUGCAGAACAAAUUGAAAUGUACGCUUAUCACCUUCCGAAUGCAACUCUGUCCAAUUUAAUGGAUAUAUUUGUGAGUCUCUGCACGGUGGACGAUUCGUUAUAUUUUAUGUGUAACGUGGACGAUUUCAAAUUCCUGGCCGACAUGAUCCAACAUGUACCACUCCCCCUCAGAGCCCGAUAUGUCUUCUGUUGUGCUCCCAUUAAUAAGAAAAUGCCAUUUGUGUGUACCAUGUUUCUAAAGUUUGCAAGACAGUACAGCAAAAAUGAGCCCAUCACAUUUGACUGGCUGUGCCGACAUGUAGGAUGGCCGUUCAACCCACCUAAGACAAUACUAGAUCUAGUACAUUUAGAAUCUGUUUUCGACGUGCUUGACCUAUACUUAUGGUUGAGUUACCGAUUUCAAGACCUCUUCCCAGACUCCUCAAUGGUCCGUGACAUUCAAAGGGAGUUGGACUCCGUAAUUCAAAUGGGGGUCUUUAAUAUCACACGGCUCCUACGAAAGUCUGAUCUCGCCACAGGAAUCGAUAUCGAAACCGACGACGAUGAAAGAGGCAUACAUAAAAAAUAUAAGCGGACUAGCAAACUGCUGAAGGAAAAAUUUGGCAAGUUUGAGUAGUUGCAGAUUGUUCUGUCAUGAUUUAGAUGAAAUUUUAUACCAAUGUAUUUUUGAGUCAUACAAGAUAACUACGAAAAAAUAAAUUUGAAACUAAACCUCAAA